UUUUUCCUCCCUUCGAAGGCUGCAAUUGAGUGCAUGCUACUAAUAAUUUUCAGUGAUUUGCAGGUCUAGGAGGUUCGAAUUUGGACCACAACGGAAAAAGAAGAACAACAGUUAGUCUAUGAAAAUCUUUUUUGGGAUGAGGGUGUCCACUGGGGAAUACAAAAUGGCCUUUAUCUUUCCAGAAGUACAAUUGUGUAUUUCAAGCACAAUGACAUGGAGUCUCUACAAAGUACUUCGGAGAACGUUACUGUAGAAAAUAAGCGAGCUAAGAAGCUAAGGCGCUAUAUUGUGGUUGAAGCUGUGUACCAGAAUUCAGGUCAAAUUGCUCCAUUAGAUGAGAUCAUCCGACUGAAAGAGAAAUAUCGUUUCCGUGUCUUAUUGGAUAAGAGCAACUGUUUUGGUGUGCUUGGCAGUUUCAGAAGAGGUACCACCGAGCAAUAUGGGGUUCCGAUUGAGAAGGUAGAUAUCAUAACUGCUUCCAUGGGACAUUCAUUGGCCACGGAAGGAGGAUUCUGCCGCGUAGGAAGCGUUAGAGUCACUGCUCAUCAACGUCUCAGUAGUUCUGGUUAUGUCUUCUCUGCUUCCUUAUCUCCGUAUCUUCCAACUGCUGCUAUUACUGCUAUUGAUGUUCUAGAGGAAAAUCCUGAUCUUAUUACGAAACUGAACAAAAAUAUUGUUGUACUAUGCCAAGGAUUGUCAAAUAUACACGGCCUCAAGAUUGUGAGUGACGUGAAAUCCCCAAUCGUCUUCCUUGGACUCAAGAACUCCACAGGAUCCUUGAAGAGCGACUCACAAUUGCUUGAACAUAUUGCUGA